AUGGAACACAAUAUCGACCAUAGGUUGUUGGAUUCCCUAGAUAACGCCACUAACGAAGAUGAGGUCGAAAUUAAAGGUUUUACUUCGCGUGUAGUCUACACCUUACACACAUUGCUAUUGCUGCAUUACAGACGUGAAGAUUUAGCUUUCAUACAGGCUACGGUCUUCCUAGAAGAUGCGAUGCACAACUUUCGUAUACGAAGAGUUUUUCGUCCUUUCUUUCUAUUACAAAAUUCAACGAUGAUGAAAAAAAUUGUCAAGGGCAUCAAAAAAACAUUACCCCAAAUAUUGAGUAUUCUAGCUGUAUUGUGCCUUCAUUUGCUGUUAUUUUCCGUUCUUGGUAUGCUAUUUUUUCCUCCAUUUAAGGAAGGUUCGGAGGGGAGAACUGAUUUUGGCAGAUUAAAUAAUUCUAUUAUAAAUCUCUUGGUGUUAUUAACAACAGCUAAUAAUCCAGACGGACUAUACUGUCUACUAAAUAUGUUGACCGCUGUCAUAUACAAUCAAUUUCGUGGGUCAUUACUAGAAUCCAUGCAAAGUAGUUAUCUACGACGAAGAAUUGGUAUUCAAGCUGCAUUCGAAAUUUUACAUGCUGGAACUUGUGAAAAAACUGAUAGCAACCAAUUAUCUUCACUGGAACAAGGCAGACGAUUCUUCAUACAUACUUUUGAACCGAAUGAUACUCUUAUGCAUAUGUUAAAGGCAUUACAAAAUUACGGAUCUCAACAAUUAAGUAGCAGCCAAUUUCAUGAUUUAAUGGACUUGUAUUAUACUGAAAAGUCUAAUUUCGCUCGGGUACUGAUUUCUGGUGAUAUAAGUCAGCCGUCACGUUCUGAUAUUCGUAGCUUAUGGAUUGCUGAACUGGUUUGUGUCAUUAAGUACAGCGAUAUCAUAUUUCGCUCUCUGCCUGCGCCUGACCUUGAAGGCUCUUGGAAUUGUAUUCAAGUCGUCAAUAUACUAGUAGUUCUACGUUUUUUAGCUAUUGUAUUUCAUGUGAAGGUAAUUUAUUAUGUUUUUGCUAUCAUCGGUAUGGAAUUAUUCAAGGAUUCGAUUCCGGUACCUACAACGAAUGAAAGGUGGGCACAACUAUACUUCAUCGCUUGGUACCUGGUUUGCGUGAUCAUUUGCUUGAAUGUAUUCAUUGCGUUGAUUUUAGAAGCAUUCAUAACUAGAUGGGAUACUGACAAUAGACCACAGCAGGAUGACACGCAUAUGAGCAGAUUAAGCCUGCAUAAAAUUUUUAGUUAUAUUGAAAUCCCAGAUAAAGAACUGAAAACAUGCAAAAUUGCGAAUAAAGAUUCCAGUUAUAGCAUUAACAGUGAACUUGCAUGUGGCCACACAUACGAGUUUUGUGACAGAUUAACUACCAUAUUUGGCGUCACUUAA